UGGCAGCGCGGGGGGGCGGGGCGGCUGCCGGAGCAGGAGGAAGCGGCCUUGGCGGCGGCGCUGCCAGCGGAAUGGACUUGUUCGGGGACCUCCCGGAGCCCGGCUCCUCGGCGGCGGGAAAGGAAGCCCCAAAAGGGCCUCUGCUCUUUGAUGAUCUUCCACCAGCCAGCAGUGGUGACUCAGGAAAAGGAGGCUCUUUGCUUUUCGAUGAUCUUCCACCAGCCAGCAGUGGUGACGCAGCCCCUGGUGCUGCUGAGCAGGUCUCAUCAGCAGGAGGCCAUGGGAAAGGGGAGAAGAGGAAGUCCUUUGAGGAGAAAGAGAAGAAUGGCAGGGAAGAACUUGUGGAAAAGAAAGUUUGUAAAGGGUCUGCAGGCAUCCUGGGCUUGAAGGGUUACGUGGCAGAGAGGAAAGGGGAGCGAGAGGACAUGCAGGAUGCCCAUGUCAUCCUGAAUGACAUCACUGAGGAGUGCCAGCCUCUGCCCUCCCAAAUCACACGGGUCUCAUACUUUGCUGUUUUUGAUGGCCACGGGGGAGUCAGAGCCUCAAAAUUUGCAGCACAGAAUCUGCACCAAAACCUGAUUAAGAAAUUUCCUAAAGGUGAGGUAGCCAGCGUGGAGAAAACCGUGAAGAGAUGCCUCUUGGACACCUUCAAACACACAGAUGAGGAGUUUCUGAAGCAGGCAUCCAGCCAGAAGCCAGCAUGGAAGGAUGGCUCCACAGCCACUUGUGUCCUAGCUGUUGACAACACUCUCUACAUAGCCAACCUCGGGGACAGCCGGGCCGUCCUGUGUCGCUACAACGCGGAGAGCCGGAGGCACGCGGCCCUGAGCCUCAGCAAGGAGCACAACCCCACGCAGUACGAGGAGCGGAUGCGCAUCCAGAAGGCUGGGGGCAACGUCAGGGAUGGCAGGGUGCUGGGCGUGCUGGAGGUCUCGCGCUCCAUCGGCGACGGGCAGUACAAGCGCUGCGGCGUCAUCUCCGUGCCCGACAUCAAACGCUGCCAGCUGACACACAACGACAGGUUCAUUCUGAUAGCAUGUGAUGGGCUGUUUAAAGUCUUCACUCCAGAAGAAGCUGUGAACUUCAUUGUGUCCUGCCUGGAGGACGAGAGCAUCCAGGCGCGGGAGGGGCGUCCGGAGGCAGCGGUGCGCUACGAGGCGGCGUGCAACAGGCUGGCCAGCAAGGCCGUGCAGCGCGGCUCUGCCGACAACGUCACCGUGCUGCUGGUGCAGGUGCAGCACUGAGCCGGCCCUGGGAAGGGACAGGCUGGGCUGUGGGGGGAGCCGGGGCCGGGGG